CUAACCCCAAGGUCUCUCUAAGUUCUCUCAACGGUCCUUUUGUGGUGUACCAGGGUAAAGCAUCAGGGCGAGAAGCCUUGUCUUCAGAAGGUGAGCUUCCUUACCUGCACGGUUCCUCAGGAGACACCUGGAUUGGCAGCACAUCCGGGAUCCCCAGCACAGUCUGAGUCUUCAGGACACGCGGUUGUUCCUCUGCUGUCCUUCUUCAUCUGGGACAUUUCUCGACCUUUCUGGACAUGCCAUGGCCGCUUCACUGCGCCACAUUUUCCUGUACUCUCUACUUCUACUGCCUGUUUCUGAGGUUUUCGGUUCCAACAUGUGCACUUCCCGGGGUGCCAACAAUUGCAAGCAGUGCCUGGCCGUGCACCCCAGCUGUGCGUGGUGCUCCCAGCAGGAUUUUGGUCCAAAAGAGGCCAGCACCUCCCGCUGCGACUUGAAGGCGAACCUUCUGGCAGCUGGAUGUGCCUUACAGGAGCUGGAGUUCCCUGUGAGCAGCCUGGAGGUGGUGGAGGACCGGCCCCUCAGCUCUAAGGCCAGUUCAGGCAAAGAUGUCAUCCAGAUGCAGCCGCAACAGCUCCAUCUCAAGCUCAGACCAGAUGACCCCAAGAAGUUCAUAGUACAGGUGCGACAGGUAGAGGAUUACCCUGUUGACCUGUACUACCUUAUGGACCUGUCCAACUCCAUGAAGGAUGACCUGAACCGUUUGCGCACCCUUGGCAAUGACCUAGCUGGCAACAUGAGUCUCAUCACCAGUAACCUGCGCAUGGGCUUUGGUGCCUUUGUGGACAAGACGCUCUCACCCUACAUGUACAUGACACCUAUGGAGGCCCUGAAAAACCCCUGCUAUAGCAUCCAGAACACCUGUUGGCCCCAGUUUGGGUUCAAACACGUGCUCACCCUCACAGAUCAGUUGAGUCGCUUCACUGAAGAGGUGAAGAAGCAGCAGGUUUCCCGGAACAGGGACUCCCCGGAAGGGGGCUUUGAUGCCAUCAUCCAGGUCGCUGCCUGCAAGGAGAAGAUUGGCUGGAGACAGGAAGCAUCCCACCUGCUGGUGUUCACCACGGAUGCGACGACACACACGGCACUGGACGGACGCCUGGCAGGCAUAGUCCUGCCAAGCGACGGGCAAUGCUACUUGAACAACGAAAAUAUGUAUGAGAAGUCCACCACGAUGGAUUACCCAUCCUUGGCCCGUCUAACAGAGAAGCUGUCAGAAAGCAACAUCAACCUCAUCUUUGCUGUGACCAAAGGAGUUGUGCCACUUUAUCGGAACUACAGUGAGCUCAUUCCUGGGACCGUGGUGGGGAUGCUGGCUGAUGACUCGGGCAAUGUGAUUGAGCUCAUCCAGGAGGCCUACAAGAAAAUUCGCUCCAAGGUGGAGCUGGAGCUCAUCGGAGUACCGGAGUACCUGUCGUUGUCCUUCAAUGCCACCUGCAUGAACAACGAGUUCAUACGUGGGGUCAGGUCCUGCUCUGGCCUCACUGUUGGGGACACUGUGUCAUUCAGUGUGGAGGUGCUGGCGCGUGGCUGUCCCAAGGAGAAGCGCCACACCUUCAUGCUGAAGCCGGUGGGUUUCAAGAAUGCACUGCAGAUCACAGUGGACUUCCAGUGCGAGUGCGGCUGCGAGGCACAGGCCGAGCCCAGCAGCCCCAUCUGCAGCCAGGGCAAUGGCACCUAUGUGUGCGGCACCUGCCAGUGCUACCCAGGGCGGCUGGGAACGCGCUGCGAGUGCUCCGAAAAUAACUACCUCGCCUCUGAGCAGGACAACUGCAGCCCCGAGCCGGGCGCACCCAUCUGCAGCGGCAGGGGCGAAUGUGUCUGCGGGCAGUGUUCGUGCCACAGCCGCGACUACGGCAAAAUCUAUGGCAAGUACUGCCAGUGCGACGACGUCAGCUGUCCGCUGUACCAAGGGAGACUGUGUGCAGGAAACGGGGUGUGUGACUGCGGGCGCUGCAGCUGCAAACCUGGCUGGACGGGUGACAACUGCAACUGCUCGACCCUCGCGGAGAGCUGCAUGUCAAGCCUGGGUCUGCUCUGCAGUGGGCGUGGCCAGUGUGUGUGCGGAACCUGCGACUGCACCCAGCCGGGGGCCUAUGGCAACACAUGCGAGAGGUGCCCCACCUGCCCCGAUGCCUGCACCCUCAAGAAGGAUUGUGUCGAGUGCAAGCACUUCAAGCGAGGACGGCUCUACGAUGACAGCAGCUGCACCAGAAUCUGCAAGGAUGAGACGGAAGUGGUGGAGAUGCUGGCAUUUCACAAGAACGGGGUGAACUGCACCUACAAGGACGAGAACGACUGCAUCAUGUACUUCCAGUACUACGAAGACAGCAGCAGCAGGUCCAUCCUCUCCAUAAUCAAAGAGCCAGAAUGUCCAAAAGGGCCCGACGUCCUGGUCGUGCUGUCAUCUGUCACGGGGGCCAUCCUGCUCCUGGGCCUAGGAGCACUGUUCCUGUGGAAGCUGCUGGUCACCAUCCAUGACCGCCGUGAAUUCACCAAGUUUGAGGAGGAGCGGGCUCGCGCCAAGUGGGACACGGGUAACAAUCCACUGUACAAAGGAGCCACUUCCACCUUCACCAACGUGACAUACGGCGGCAGUGCGCAAUGACUCGUACCCAGGAUCAGUUGAGAGCAAUGAUACUCAAGAUAGCUGUGAAUGUGUAGCUGGUGGCUGGCUGGAGGAAGGGGAGUGAUAGCUCCAUUUCUGUGUUACCUGGGAAUUUUUUUUUUACUAUACUGUCUGUACUUUCACUGGAAAUAUUUUUUAAUGAACAGAACAUAAGUGGGUCACUGCAAUGCCAAGGAGAAACAGUUUACUGAGAGCAUAUACUGUAUACUAGAGGUUAUUUUAUGUAUCUGGUUCAAGUUCUGAAAUAUCCCCUACCAUUAUACCCUUGUGAAAGGCACUUCACCUGAAUUAUUAAACACUCAGCUCUGUAAAUGGAUAAAAUGUUCAAGUGAAGUCAAUACAAAAGUAUCAGCAAAGGAAUGUAAUAAUGGUAAUAUAUAAAAUAGCAUACAAAAAUAUUGCUGUACGUAAAAAAAUAAAAAAAAAAACAAUCCAAAUGAACUGAACACAGUUUAUCCUGAUAAGGUGAAGAUCUCCUUCAUAUGGAACGUGAUCGCUUUAAAACCCGAGUCACGUAGUUAUCCCUGUUUCUCAAGAAACUGUUGCUUGGCUUUGUCAGCAAGACCUUUAAUAUCAACAGAAAACAGCUGGUGUGAAAGCAGCUGAGUGUUUGCACAAGAAUUUUAGUGUGUUCAGUGAUCCACCUGUAUAAACCAUACUAGGUUGUCUUUGCUUCUCUUACCUGGGUUGCUGUAUCUAUUUAUCUGAGCUCAAAUAGCAUAGCCUUUCCUUCUUACCUCUCUACUUGGUUACUUUUAAAACAGUGACUUCAAAAGCCUUUAUGUGACUUAUAGCGUCCGGGUUCGUUUCAUGACUGUGCUUCGGAAAAGUUUCUCCACAUGGUGUUAACCUCAGACAAGCGGUUGGCAGGAGUUUAUACGUGUAGCUCCUUCUGUUAGCUUUGCAUGGCUUCCUUAGAGUGGCUCUGCAGACAUUUUUUAAAGUGAGCACAUUCUAAAGCGGUGUUUUCAGCUGCGUUUAUGGUACGAGUGACACGUGUUACAGUGGUGGGGGUUCAUAUUUUAAGUUGGCAGAUUUCACUGUGAAAUUCUCUAUGCACCAUCUUUCUCUCAAAAAAAAGAAAACAAUGCUUAUUAGGAGUUUGUGUGUCUGCAGAUGUCACAGAUGCACACUUUUUAGAUCAUUUCUGCGUUCGUGUUCGGUUGUGGGCUCUAUAAAUCAGGUCCAGGUCCUUUAACCUUUUUUACUGCGACUGGGGUAAGUCUGGAGUGAACCCGCUUGCUUGAAAAGGGACGAGAUGUAUGCAGGAGCACACCAGUCAUACUCCAUAGCACUGGGCUCAUUCAUAGUGAGACCUCUCGCACUGGCUUCAUUUCUUUUUUGUCUUUGUUUUGAACUUAAAAUGAUUUGGCCAAAAAGGCCUGCAGGGCAGUGAGGAAGACAUGGAGAAAAUAUACAAACAGCAGCAUUGAAUAACAUUGUUUUUUUUUUCUCCCAUCUAUAUUGUUACACCAGACUGAGCUGUUCCAUGUAGAGCGCAUGGUGUCAUUUUACUAGUGUUUUACAUAAUUCCUUUUUAUCUUUCUAGUGUUUAAUUUUGGCAUUUGCACUACAAAAGAAGUUCAAAAUAAAAAUGCUUUUAU